CUUAAAAGCUGCGAAGAGACUUCAACACGAAGACGCCAGCUGGGAAAGGAGAAGGCUCCGGCGACUGGCAGACAAGCUCCCAAAAGGUACGCGAGUGCUCCGCCAUUAUUAUUAUUUUUUAGUGCAUGAUAAUUUUUUCUUAAUAACUUUUACGAAACUGGCUGCUGUAUUGAAAAAUCCUCUACAGUUCAAUAUUCGAUCACAGUAGCACUUAACAUUGUCAACAUAUUCAAAUAUUUUUGAAACCAAUCAGUUACGUACUCUAUAAAGUAAUUGGACGAUGCCAAGAUGAAAAUGUACUCUGAGAUUUGAGCCAUAAAUGCUUGGUUAGUUGUAGCUUUUGAUGAAGUCGACAUAAAAAAAGAAACAAAUAGUGCGAAUAACUAGCUAGUCGACCGACGUGGUCAGUCACCUUACUGUAAAAUAUGAAAAUAUAUAUUCAUGUAUGGGGCUAGUUGUUUCAGUUUUCGGCUAGCUGUUUACUGAGUCCUUGCUCUUGGUACUGACAGUUGAUAGCUGGGUCAUCACUAACUUUUUCUUGUUUUUCCUAAAGCAUUACGUUAAUUUUCGGAACAUGUUCAAGCGCAUUCAAUUUUAACGAAAUAGCCUUAACUUAAAUAGAUGGUAAGACUGCCUUCGUCAUCCCUCGACUUUUCAGGAUGAUCAGUAAAUAUUGGAUAUACUACUGUUCAUGCACGAAUCAAAGCUUUUUAUGUUCUCUAAACCUGAGCUUUCUUUUUGCUACGCGUUUGCUUGGAGAUUCAAGAACGAUGAAAACUCUGUUGUUAAACAGUACGGCCAUAACGACCGUCAAUCUAUUUGCUCAACAUGUUCUUGUUGUCAUAGUGCUUACAAUAUCAAAGAGCCCUUUUAAGGGAAAAAAGAGAGCUUUUAGCAAAAUUAAAGUGCUCUUCAGUGAAUUUGCAAAUUUUUGCUCAUCUAUUUAAACUGAUUAAGCUUUUAUCUCGCCAGCUGUAUCGCAUAUCUCGGCAACAAAUUAAAUAAACCUAAUUCGGUAACUGAAAAGUAAAAGUGUGUAUAUGUUUUUAAUACUUUAUUAGCUAACACUAAGCUUUUAGCUCGUCGGAUGAGGAAAUGGCCCGUGCUCCAUUUUUGACAAACAGGGCUUUUAACAUUGAUAUGGAUAAAUUAUUGUGUUAUAAACUUUGAAAUAUUUUGUAUUUUAAGCCGAGAAAUGUAUUAGAAGAUAUUUGGCAAGUCAAUUUUCACAUCGCAAUAGAACCCUGCUAAUACGACCAUCGCAGUGCUGAUAGCCAUGCAAAUCUGGUCGUAUAAUUAAAUGGGGUAUAUGAUAUUUUUACAUCGUCAUACAGUCACAUUGUAAUAAGCCUUUUCUAAACGAGAAAUACGUGUCUCGCAAACCCUCGCGGAACCGACGGAGCGCUUAACUUUUAGUGUCAAUUUGUCUGGAAAAUCCGUUUCCUUUGCUCUAUAUAAGUCUGAACUUCUGCUAAAUUUGUUAUUCUUGGUAUGGAUUCGAUAUUUGUUAAAGUGUUUUUCUUUGUAAGUAAAAUUCUUGCUUUUAGAGCUAGGCCCUCUUUGCUACUCUCCUUUACAAGUCUGAACUUUUGCUUAAUUUGUUAUUCUUGCUAUUCUUGCGAUAUUUGUUAGCGUGUUUUGUUGUUGUUGAAUGAAAAUUCUUGUCACUUUUGCGAUUUGUGCGAAAUUUGCAGGCUUCUAGAGGACCUUCUUUACCUUUCUUCUUUAUAUAAAAAAAGUCAAAAUUUUUGCUAAAUUUUUAUUAUUGUUCUUAUUCUUGCGGUGCAUUUUGUUAGCGUUUUUGUUGUUGUUGUUGUUGUUGUUGUUGAUGUUAUUGCAACAAAAUAUUCUUGUUACUUUUUCAAUUUUUGCGACGUUUGCGGACUUCUUUAGGACCUUCUUUACCUUUUUCUUUAUAAGUCUGAACUUUUGCUUAGUUGCUAUUCUUGUUAUUCUUGCGACUUUUAUCAGGUUUUUUUUGUUGCAAUGAAAGUUCUUGUUACUUUUGCGAUUUUUGCAGACUUCUUUUCAUUAGAUUUCUGCAAGCAGUUUCUAUCAAACAUGUUUUUUCUACAGCUUUCAAUCCUUGUUGAAUUUGUUAUUCUUGCUAUAUUUGCUAUUAUUUUUCUUCUAUACAUUUCUGACAACAGUUUCCUUAAAUCUUUUUUUGCCAAAAUUGCGAAGACAAUUUGUUAGCAAUUUUUUGCGACAGUGCUCAAUCCUGGACAUAGGUGUGUACUUCUAAAAACCUUUGUUAAGGGAUGGAAUAUAACAAAGGAUCUAAGUGUCACUAUUUCUCAUUGGUCUUUUCAGUGUCAACGGGUUGGUCUUAAACCGAGGUUUCACAUGGGCACUUUAAGACUAACCAGUGGCUGAUUCAGACCUUCAGAUAAGGGGGGUGGUCAUCCAGACCCUGAGAUAAGGGAGGGGCGGGCCCCCCGGGCCCCUCCCCUUGAUCCACAACUGCUAACUCAUGCUCUUUUGAACCACGGGAAAUUGAAAUAUUUUCCUCCGUUACCUCGCCUGCCGACCUGAUCUGCCUUGAUUGAGUCUAUUCUACUAUUUCCAGUUUUCCAUUGACAGACAUAAAACCUUUCUCUUUUAGGUAAAUAGAAUGACAGCGCUAGCGUCUACGUUUGCUCCGACAGUCACUGUUAAAGUUUACAAAAAUGGGAACCCCAACUUUCUGGGCAAGACGAUGGUCAUCAACAGGCGUCGCAUCCGUUCCAUGGAGGCUUUGUAUGAUGAGAUCACCUUGCGUUUAUCCGCGUUCAACGCCGUGCGAAAAAUUUGCACGCCAAUCGGUGGGCGUCCCGUGCAAAAUCUUGAAGGCAUUCAGAACAAAAGCGUGUACGUAGCUGCCGGGAGAGAAGAAUUUAAAAAGCUGAACUAUGCAGAUCUGGGUACCUUGAAGCCACGCCCGCCCCGAAAAGGGAACUUUUCCCCCAAGAAAAUUGUAACCGAGGGAAGACAUAAGAUGGAUUACGAGUGGGGAAAACGCGAUCUGAAAAUCUUACACGUUUUCUGUAAUGGGGAUGUUUUCAAGCCAAGUGUGAAAAUCGUUCUUCAAAAGCGGCUGCAACAGAGUAUGGAACAGAUUUUGAACAUUGUACAGGACCAUGUUCUUUUGGCGGCAGCCAUUGCUGCGUUGUAUACAAUUGAUGGAAAGCUUGUGUUUACUCCUGGUGAGCUGGUCACUGGCGGACUCUACGUCGCGGUAGAACGAGGUAAACCUUUUAAGCGUGAAAAUUACGGUGGAAGUACCUUUGUGUCGAGAAGCCCUAGGGCAGCAUUUUUACCCCCAAUCGGCAACGGACAAUUGAUACAAACCGGGGCGCAACGUUUGACGAAAAAACAUGGAACUAGGAAAAAACGGCAAAAAACGAAAGCUAAUGGUGAAAGCAAAACCAACAGACAAUCAAUUGAUCAAUCAUUUGAUACGAACGUCAUGUCCGUUACAUCUCCAAAUGACACUAAUCCAAUCUCUUCCCCACACCCUCCAAUCUCUCAUGCUCUGCUCCGGGCUAGUGUAUCUCAGGACCUUGAGAGCGUGAAUAAUUUCACGAUAUCGUCUUCACCACCUAGAUGGCUAGAAGACGACUCACCUAUACCCGAAGACACAUCCUUAGAAAAGACAGAUAAUGACAAAGACGAAGGCUUCAGGGUCGGGAGCGUGUUUAAGGCUAGCGGUAUGCUACAAGAGGAAGCGGAUGAAAUAAAGGAUACGCGCCAGACAAAGAAAAAGAAAACGCUUGAUUCACUUCCGGCGGAAGAAGUUAUGGAGGAAGUUGUUGAGCAAAUUGACAACACUGGGGCGACAAUUUCUGACGAAAGUCCCCGUAGGGAUGAUCAAAGUAAUGACGAAGGUGAAAAUCACCUUGAAAUCACAGAUGAUUCCAACGUUGAACAGUUUGUCGGUGAAGUGAUUCAGAGUCAGAUACAGGUUUUGCAAGAUAAUGCCCCUAGAGAUGAAUUUAAUUCGAAAUCUGAAGCUGAGUCUACUAAAAAGAACACAAGUUCUGGCAAACCGCGAAAAGAGAAAAACCAAGAAAAGAACGAUAAGUCUUCAUCAAAGUCUAAAGCUCGUAACAGCAGAGGCAGCAGAGCAAGCCAUGACGCAACACCGAGCAAAACAAAGAAGUAAUGUAGCAUUAUGUUGACGGAGACGAAUGGUAUAAAAAUAAGAGCCAGAGUUACUCCUGCAGAAAAAUAAGCCUCAUCACCAAUUCUGAAAAAUUUGAUGAAGAUAUUGAGGGAAGUAAAGAAUGGGGUAAAUCCAAUGAGGAUCGAAGCAAUGCUUCAAUGGGUAUCGAAAAAAAAUUCAGAUCACAAAACAUGCAGAUAGUUGAUGAUUCAAUAGGCCAGUUCCGAGUUCCAAAAACUGUCACUUUCAAAACGUGGAUAAGUGCCAAACCUUUCUUGUGAACUGAGUUUUAUUUCCAUGAGAAUAAAAAAACUGUUUUGAUAUCAAUGGCUUCGCACUUUGCCUCGCUUUCAAACAGAGGUUUGAGGUAACU